AUGAAAACCAGGAGGGAAGUGGACGACGACGAUUCAGAAGACGACGUCUUUGAAGUCGAUGAUUUCUUCAACGAGAAGAAGAAAGAAAUCGAAGUCAAAGACCCGCACUUGGUGUCGAAAGAAAUUUCCUCGGUGUCGUUUUCGUUUUACGACCCGAAAGAAGCGCGAGAGAUUUCGGUGAAAAGAGUCACCAAUCCAGUCUUGUUCGAUGCUCUGAAUAACCCAGUCGUUGAUGGAUUAUACGACCCGGCGUUUGGCCCGAUCGAACAAUUCGGCGUGUGCUCGACGUGCGGGUUAUCGCAACACCAUUGCCCGGGGCAUUUUGGGCACAUCGAUUUGGUGGUUCCCGUGUAUCACCCUUUGUUGUUUCCGACGGUGACGAAGGUGUUAAGAUGCGCGUGUUUGAACUGUCACAAGUUUAAAAUGCACACGGAACGGGUGAAUAUGUUCAGAGAACGAUUGGAUUUGAUCGAUAGAGGGGAAUUAGAGAGUGCAGCGGAUGUCAGUCAGUGGAAGUUAUCGAAGAGUACGAUGCGAGAGUUGAGCGAAAUCGAAGAGGAAAAUCGAAAAGAUCGAGAGAACACGAGGAAGGAAGAAGGUGGGGAGGCACCGGAGAUGAUGGAUUUGGACGCUAAUUUAAUGCCAAAGUUAGAUAGUUUGACGAGGAAGAAGACGAAGAGAGGGAACCAGUACGUGCCUUUGGAGUGGACGACGUCGGCGUUGACGGCGAAGAGAGAGUUGAUCGAUUCGUUUUUCAAAAGCGUGCCGAAAGCGAGGUGCGAGAAUUGCAGAGCGUUCGGUCCUGGUUUGAGCACGGAAGGAUCCACUAAGAUUUACAGAAAACCGUUGCCGAAGAAGCAGUUGGUGACCAACUUAGCGAACGGUAUUGACGUGGAUUUUUCGAUGAAACAGUUGGCGAAAGCGGCGAGCGCGGAAGGGGCGGACGAGCAAGUGGAUUCCGGCACCGUGGCGGAAAUGACUGGAGGAACCGUCGUUGAAGGUAAAUCAAAGAAGAUUAUACAAAAGACGAAGAAGAACAGUAGGGAUAGAAAUAGCGAUGGUAGUAGUAGUAGUAGCAGUUCUUCUGAAGACGACGACGACGACGAUAGCUCGUCCUUGUCUUCAUCGACGGACAGCGAAGAAGACAACUACGACGAAGGAGGAUUUAAAGAGCGCUCGACGAAACCGAUGUACGUGACACCAAUUGAAGCGAGAGAGAUUUUGAGAAGAUUGUGGGGCAACGAGUUUGAAUGGUGCGCGAGAGUGUGGUGCGCGAAUGGUCGCGAUCAAAGUUCAGAUUUAACGACGAAAAGACAAGCCUCCAAUCCGAACAGAUUCUUCUGUCAAACUAUUCUUGUGCCGCCGCCAAAGCUUCGACCGCCUUCGAAAAUGGGCGAUAUGGUUUUCGAGCACCCGCAAAAUACGCACUUGUGUGCGAUAAUUCAAGCCAAUUUAUCGUUAACUGAACUCUUUCGAACGCCGCCGACGGUUCCAGAACCUCCAGAAGUGCGCGCUUCGAGAGCCGUUCGAGCGUGGUUGGUCAUUCAAGGUGGCGUGAAUAGACUGAUGGAUGCCACUAAAGCGGAUCGGAUCCAAGAUCGCGUUGGUAUUGGAAUUCGUCAACAGUUGGAAAAGAAGCAAGGUUUGUUUCGUAUGAAUAUGAUGGGGAAAAGAGUAAACUACGCGGCGAGGUCGGUGAUUUCGCCGGAUCCGUAUUUAGGUACUGGCGAGAUUGGCGUACCGCCUGUUUUUGCCAAAACCUUAACGUUUCCUGAACUUGUGACGCCACAUAACGUUGAACUCAUGCGUGAGCUCGUAGAACGAGGCGCGGACGAACACCCAGGCGCGAACGCCGUCGAGGACGAACGCGGAAGGAUUAUCAAUUUAGCGCGAUUUUCCAAAGAAAAACGAAGAGCCAUUGCGAAAACUUUGUUGUCGGUAUCAGCCGCAAAAGAUGCCGAUGGGCGACCGCUUGCUAGGAAGGUCUACAGGCAUCUACGCAACGGCGACAUUAUGCUCACGAAUCGUCAGCCAACGUUGCACAAACCGGGGAUUUUAGCCCAUUGCGCUCGCGUCCUUCCCGGGCAAAGAACCAUUCGCAUGCACUACGCCAAUUGUUCGACGUUCAACGCUGAUUUCGAUGGAGACGAAAUUAACUUGCACUUUCCUCAAGAUCAUCAAGCGCGAGCGGAAGCAUACGAAAUUGUCAAAGCCGAGGAGCAAUUCUACGCGCCGACGGACGGGAAACCGCUGAGAGGUUUGAUUCAAGAUCAUAUCUGCUCCGCUGUAUUGUUGACGUGCAAAGACCGCUUUUAUAACAAAGAAGGGUUCUCGCAAAUCGUGUUCGCGGCUCUCGUGGAUUUAUGUGAUCGCGAGAAUUUGACAAUUAAGUUGCCUCCACCUACGAUUCUUAAGCCGAGACGGCUAUGGACCGGUAAAGAUGUCAUGCGCACGAUUUUAGACCACGUCGCGUAUCAACGUCCCGGGGUUACAUUGAAACACUCGUGUAAAACUCCGCACACGUUUUGGGGAAGUAAAGAGGAAGGUGACUUGAUCGUUCGUCAAAAUUACAUCUGUACUGGCGUUGUCGAUAAGAACGCGUUCGGUAAGUUUGGUUUAAUACACGCCGUUGCUGAAUUACACGGAAAGCAAAUUGCCGGAAAGUUGUUAUCGGUGUUGUCUCGAUUACUCACUCUGUUCCUUCAACAACACGGGUUCACAUGCGGGAUGGACGAUUUAGUUUUAGUCGCAGAAUCUGAAGAGUUGCGCGUGAAGGAGUUGGCCAAAGCUGGCGCGGCAGCAAAAUCAGCCGCGGAAGCGUUUGUACAAGUUAAGGAUGUUCCCGAGAUGGCGUUGCGUUCGGCGGUUUCCGCGAGAGUCACCGAACGUCCAGAUUCCGAAGCCGCGCUCGAUGCUCGCUCUUCUGGAGCGCUCAAUCAAGUCACGUCGGCUACUGUCAAAGUUUGCCUCCCUAGUGGCACGAAGAAACCCUUUCACAGAAAUUGCUUGUCCUUAAUGACCAUGUCUGGAGCGAAAGGCUCGAUGGUGAACUUUUCACAAAUCGCUGCCGCGCUCGGGCAACAAGAAUUAGAAGGUCGUCGCGUUCCAAGAAUGGCGAGUGGGAAAACGUUACCAUGUUUUGCACCGUUUGAUUGUGAUCCGCGAGCGGGUGGAUACAUCAGCGACCGAUUUUAUUCUGGUUUACGACCGCAGGAAUACUAUUUCCACUGCAUGGCUGGAAGAGAGGGUUUAGUCGACACGGCGGUGAAAACGUCACGAUCUGGAUAUUUACAAAGAUGUUUGGUUAAAAAUUUGGAAGGAUUGAAAGUUCACUACGAUCAUACCGUACGGGACGUUGAUGGCACGAUUGUUCAGUUCUUAUAUGGCGAUGACGGCAUUGAAGUCUCCAAAGGAGUCUACGCAAAAGAAUUUGCGUUUGCGCUGGAAAACAUCGAAUCGUUAAAACUACAAAACAAAUCCGCUCUGAGUGAGUUUGACGAUAGCUCAUCAAAGAAAGAGAAUUCCAAUCCCGAAGAUGCAUUCAUGGAUAAGAAGACGAGAGCAUUUCCAGACGUGCCACGAAACGCAUCCUCAGUUGUAGAACACGAGAAACGUUAUUCCCAGUUCACGAGUUUAGGUAUCUUACCAGAAAAGUUUGCAAAAGAUUUGGACGAUUUUUUGCACGUCACGCAUGGCAUUCCAUCCGACGAAGAGUUUGAACAAGCACACAAAGUCACUCGUAAAGAGUUUGCAAAGAUUAUGAACUUGAAGUUUAUUGCCUCCAUGGCGAGCCCGGGCGAAGCCGUUGGCGUCGUCGCCGCGCAAUCCGUAGGCGAACCUUCCACGCAGAUGACCUUGAAUACGUUUCACUUUGCCGGUCGUGGUGAAGCAAACGUGACGAUGGGUAUUCCUCGAUUACGCGAGCUACUCAUGGCGGCGAGCAGAAAGCCGACAUUACCGGUGAUGACCAUGCCUCUGCGCAAAGAUAAAAUGGCUAAGAAGUAUGCGGAUAGGCUCGCGAGUCGGUUGCGCAAAGUGACUUUUGCAGAGUUGGUGCAAGAUCUCUCGUGCGAGACGCGGUUGUACGCGGACGCGCCGUCUGAUGGCUGUAAAGCGCGCGUGUGCGAAGUGAAGGUGACCAUGAGAUGCCCGGAUGAAUUUUCAAAAGCAAAAGGAAGCGUGACGUUUGAAGAGAUGGAAGCGUGCUUCAAAGAAACCUACUUGGCGGAACUGUAUGCAAUCAUCAAGAAAGAUUGCAAGAAACGAGCAGAGCAAAGUGCUGAUGUUCAGAUCGUGAAAUUAAGGCAACGAUCUGCGACAGGUGCCGCGAGAAAACCGAGUGAUAUGGACGAUGAUGACAACGACGAUGGCAAGAAUACGGCAGACGACAACGACGAAGGCCAACCGAAGAAAAAAGGAGGUAGUGCAAAACUGAACGCAAAGGAACGAAUCGAAAAUGAAAACGACGCCUCCGACGACGAAGAUAACUCUGACGACGAAGAAGGCGCGAAAGCAGAUGCGAGAAAAGCUGAUCGUGACGAGGAAGCGUACGGCGACGACGACAAAGUCAAUGCGGGUGAAUUUUCAGACGAAGACGAAGCACAGAUUGCAAGGAAGAUUAAAAAGAAGUCCUCUUCUGCAAAAAAGAAAAAGAAAGGUUCUGCAAAGUCUUCCGACGAGGAUAAAGACGACGGUAGUCCGUCAGAUUCAGAUUCAGACGAUUCAGAUCAAACGGAAGUCGCGGAACCAGCUACUGCAGCUUCGAAAAAGAAGAAAUCUUCGAAAAACGAAACUGCAUCUUCACGAGAGAAGGGUGGUUUACGCCAGGACUUAUCCGAUAUCCAAGAAGCCGUCGUCGUCAACGCGAGCGCGAAAACGUUUACGGUCAUCCUUGAGUUUGAUUUAGCAACUCCAUUACUUCUCUUACAAAACUUGCUCGAUAAUGCCGCGGCAAAGUCCAACAUUCGAUACACGAAAGGCAUUGGCGGCGUUUUCGUCGUCGGCGACGAGCUCGAUGGUACUUUAGCGGUCCAAUGCGAUGGUGUCUCCUUCGAUGCCGCGUUUGCAAACGAGGAUUUAGUCGACGUUAAUCGUAUCAAAGCGAACGACGUUUGGCAAGUUCGGUUAACGCUCGGCGUCGAAGCCGCGAGACGAACACUCGUAGAUGAAAUUUCAGGGGUGUUUGGUGCCUAUGGCAUUGGCGUCGACGCCAGACACUUGUCGUUGAUUUCAGACUUCAUGUGCCAGCAAGGCGGGUACAGACCGUUCUCACGAGUUGGUAUCAACGAUUCCACCUCUCCAUUUUUGAAAAUGACGUACGAGACGGCCACAGCGUUCUUGACAGAAGCCGCUAUAAGGGGUGAUGUCGAUAAAUUAAAAAAUCCGUCCGCAGCGAUUGUUUUAGGUAAAAUGGUUAACGUAGGUACAGGAAGUAUCGGCUUACAAUACGACGCCGAACGGGCGACAAAAAUGGAAGAAGAGAUGCGCUCGAUGGGCAUAGAGCCGGUAAAAAAGUUUGAACGAACACCUCGAGCAGCUGCGGUGAAAAAAGAAAGACAUACGACGACGCCGUCCGAAAAGCUUACAUUCAGCGCGCUUAAAGCGACUCCCAAAAAUAAGCACGUCACGUUUGAAGAUUAG